AUGAACUUAAAGGGCAAGCAACUCCAUUUCUAUCCAGAUGAUUUGCCAACGGAUGCCUUCCAGUGGUUGAGGAAGAUAAUUACGACGAUGAUGGUAAUACGGGGCUUGGAAAGUUACAUACCUCAGGUGAUUUUUGUGAAUGGUCUGCAAGAAUUGGAUGAUCAGCACGAUGGCAUCUCUGGUGCCGCUGCCUCCGCUUACGAGCUGGAAGAUGCUAAGAAAGAAGUUGACGGUGAGGCUGCUGUCUCAAGCGAGAAUGUUCUCCCGCUUGCAAAUAAUUGA